CUAAGCUACACAAAAAAAAAAAAAAAUAUAAACAAAAACAACAUGUGACUUUGGGCACUCGUCCCACUAGCGUCAUCACUGGCAGAAAAACGUACUGACUUGCUCCAUUCUGUGAGCUUCAGUGAAAUUCGAGAGAUUACCCUCCUUAUACACCUCCAUGCCACGGAUGACGGAACGCACCCAUGGAGUUUAACCUCCAGUUUAACCUCCAUGUUUACAUGACAACUGUCGCUUCACUUUGCUCUUUGGCCGGUUUCACCAUAAUCAAUUUUGCAAUUAUUCAUCGAAAAUAAUUAAUUAAAAUUAUUUAUACAAUUUAUUAAACUUCAAUAUCGAUUGACUAAACUUAAUUGAGUAUUUUCCUAUCGAAUAGAUUCAUAAAUUUAAUUUUUCCAUAAUACUGCCAACUAUACGGUCACUUUUAAUUAGCAUUUAUCAAAUUAACUAUUGUUUACUAAACUCUUAUUUUUAUCGACUAAACUUGACCAAACUCUAAUCUAUCCAGUGGGCAACAAAUUGAGUCAUUACCAAAUUUUUGCUAACUACAAGUAUAUUGAUUAUUGACCCAUAAUUAUGUCAGCAAAUCAUUUUAUUACUUUAAGGUACAUAUGAGAGAAUGCCUGCAUUACCAUGUCAACUAACUAUUUAUUCUGACCAUAUAUUACAGUAGUAGUUGACAGUAUAGUACACGUAUUUAAUAUAUGAUUCUGAUUUCUGACCGAUAUCAUUUCCAAAUUUAGCUGACAAUCACUUUACCAUCACAAGCACAUGUGAAUAAAGUCUCAUACAUUUUUAAUCAUUAAUAACCACAAUAAGAUAAUAUACAAUCAAAUUAAAUACAAACAAAAAAUGCCUGAUGUAGUUAUCAAUGGCAUCACUGUCACAUUUCCAUUUCAGCCAUAUAAGGUCCAAGAGGACUACAUGUUUAAAGUGAUUGAAUGUCUUCAAAAUAAAAAGCAUGGAGUUCUAGAGUCACCCACAGGAACCGGAAAAACGCUCAGUUUGUUGUGUUCAACUCUUAGUUGGCUCGGUGUCAAAAAAGCCCAAUUACAAGCUCAAUCUAUUUCUGGUGCAAUUAAUAAAUCCGAUUUUGGUGGUGAAUUUUGUCAAAAACUCAAUGAUAAUUUGAAUAAUGCAGCUGGUAUUUCAUUAUCGCUAGAGCAGAAUAAUCUAAAUUUUGGUUGGACAAUGCCAAAAAUUAUAUAUGCAUCAAGAACGCAUUCACAGCUGUCACAAGCUAUGCAAGAGUUGAAACGAACAGCUUACAGCCAUGUCAAAGUUUCUGUUAUUGGAUCAAGAGAUCAGAUGUGUAUUCAUCCAGAAAUAUCAAAAGAAAAAAAUUCUGCCAAUAAAAUACACAUGUGUCAAAUCAAAGUAAGAGGUAGAACAUGCAUAUAUUUCAAUAAUGUCGAAUCGAGAAAAGAUGAUCCAUUAUUCAAAACUGAAAUAUGUGACAUCGAAGAUUUAGUAAAAAUAGGAAAAAAAUCAAAAUGUUGUCCGUAUUUUUUGGCAAAAGAACUUAAACAAUCAGCAGACAUAACGUUUAUGCCGUAUAAUUAUCUUCUCGAUCCAAAGACAAGAAAAUCUCAGAGUAUUGACAUUCAAAAUCACGUUAUUUUACUUGACGAAGCACAUAACGUCGAGAAAACCUGUGAAGAAGCAGCGUCACUUCAAAUAAGCAGUACAGAUAUAGCUGUUUGUAUUGACGGAAUAACAGCUGUUAUGCAAGACUUUGCUGAAGAAAAAUCUGAUGAUAUUGAUUUCAAUAAUUCACCAAAGGAUUUUACACCCGAAGAUUUGUGCACGAUAAAAUCGACACUCUUGACAUUUGAAAAAAGAGUUGAUGAAAUAUCACUUAAGAUGGGUGAGGAAGGUGUCACAUUUCCUGGCAGUUAUGUAUUCAAACUAUUUGAGAGCGAUGAAUUAUCAAACGGUAAAGAUAGACUUUUUAUUGAUAAAAUUGAUAAAAUUGUAAUAUAUCUUACAACGACAAAUGCUCAUUCAUUUUUGCGUCGUGGCAAUGCAUUACAAAAAUUUUCGGACUUUUUAAAAAUAGUGUUCAACGGAGGUAGUACAGCAAGUAAUGUUAAACAUCGAGCCAGAGUAGAUAAAUCAUAUAAAGUAUACGUGCAACAUGAGGAAAAAAAGAAAACUAGUAAAAAUGACGGAUGGGAGUCAAAAAAAAAUGUUUUCAAAGUAGAUGGUAAAUUGAUAAAUUACUGGUGUUUCUCACCUGGUUUUGGAAUGAAACAGAUCGUUGAACUUGGUGUACAUUCAGUUAUUUUAACAAGUGGUACAUUGUCCCCAUUGAAACCAUUCAUAUCUGAGCUAGGAAUACCAAUUGAUGUUCAGCUUGAAAAUCCCCACAUUGUAACCAGUUCACAGGUUUGUGCUGGUGUUCUCAGUCAGGGUCCAGACAAUCAUCCUCUAAAUUCCUCGUUUAACACAAGAAAUGAUCCAAAGUACAUCUCAUCUUUAGGUAGAACUAUUUAUAAUUUUAGCUGUCUUAUACCCGAUGGUCUUCUAAUAUUUUUUCCAUCGUAUCCAAUUAUGAAUAAAUGCCGAGAUGAUUGGCAAACAAUGGGCCUCUGGACGACAAUAUCAGAAAAAAAACCAAUAUUUGUUGAGCCCCAAUCAAAAGAAGGAUUUAUAAAUGUCAUGAAUGAAUUUUAUAAAAAAAUACAAGAUCCGAAUUUACGUGGUGCAAUAUUUAUGGCUGUUUGCCGUGGUAAGGUAUCUGAAGGUUUAGAUUUUGCGAAUGCAAAUGGACGAGCUGUGAUAAUAACUGGUUUACCAUUUCCGCCAUUGAAGGAUCCAAGAGUUAUUUUGAAACAAAAGUAUCUAGAUGAGAUAAGGAUUAAUGAUAAAAAUGGUUUGUCUGGACAACAGUGGUAUCAGUUAGAAGCAUCACGAGCAGUUAAUCAGGCUAUUGGACGUAUCAUCAGACACAAGGAUGAUUAUGGUGCAAUAAUUCUCUGUGAUCUUAGAUUUAGCAAUGCCAGUUUCAGAAAUCAGCUAUCAGUUUGGCUACAGCCCCUUCUUAGAAAUUUUUCAAACUACGGAAUGGUCACCAAAGAGUUAAGAUUAUUUUUUAAAAACGCUGAGGCUAGUCUUCCACAAACGAUAAAUAAGAUUUAUUGUGAUUUAUCAUUGCCAUCAGUUGCUGCUAAUUUUGAUUCAAAUACAAGAAAUCUUGGAACGAGUUCUUUGAGUAAUCAGAGUUAUAGAAAUCAAGGUAAUGAUAUAUGUGACUUUGAGAGCUAUAAGAGUACUGAUCUUGGGGGGGAAUUAAAAGUUUAUAAAAAAAAAUCUGACUUUUCAGAAGUUUCAAAAAUAAAACCGAAAUCCUUUAUUAAUUUUGGUGUUUGUAAGACACAGGGUAGCUGGAGUACCUCGGAUGCUGGUAACAAAAAAGAAAGUUUAAAUGAACCAGCAGCGAAAAAAAGAAAACUAAAAGUUCAAGCUGUUGAUAUAAAUUUUAGUACUGAUUCAUUAAGUGCUGGGAGUUCGCGAGGAGGAGAGAAUCAAAUUGGUGUCAAAGAUCAAUUUGAGACUGGGUUAAAAAAAGAAUUGGGAAAAACCUAUUUAAAAAAAGUAAAGAAAGCUUUAAAUGAAAGUGAUUAUAAAUUAUUUGCUGUUAUGAUUCAGAAUUAUACAAAAAAUGCAGAUUUCGAUCAACUCUUAGAAACGUUGAAGAAAAUAUUUCCAGCCGAGGAUAAUCUGCAAGAUCUUUUUAUUGGAUUCAGUACAUUUUUGAAAAAACAGCAUGUUGCUGCUUUUGAUAUUCAUGUUAAUUGUAUGAAAAAUUGAUUUUUUUUUUUUUUUUAAAUAGUCCAUAAUUUGUUAAACAUUGUUCAUAACCAGUUUUAUAAUUUCGUAGGAUAAAAUAAAGUGAUUUUUGUAAUAUAAAUUGAAUAUUGUUAGAGUCAAGGAUAUAACAUCGGAACAAAAAUUCUUAAUUUUUAUAUACAAAAGAAACUCAUAUCAUUUAUUCCCUUUUUAUUUAACAAAAUAUGUGAAAUAAAAAUACGAAUAAAAAAAAUUAGGUUGUUUUUUCAAAAUUACAAAAUCAAAUUUACAAACUAUCGUAAGAUAUAACCACCUAGUUUUUUUUAUUCAUAUUUUUAUUCCACAUAUUUUGUUUAUUAAUAAAAAGGGAAAAACUGAGUUACGUUUGUACAGUUGAGCUUGCCAAUGUUAAUUUCGGGGUUAAGACCAACACAUAUAAACAUGAAGGCUCGUUCCUUUGCGUUCGGUUUUUUUCAAAUCUCACGCCCGCAGUCUAAUUCACAGGGCAUUACAAUUUAGGGCUUUUUUCCUCCACUGGCGGCGCUUGUAGAGCUUUUGUAUGUGAAAUCUAUAUAAAAAAAAUUUUACAAGCGCCAUCACCGGCAAAAAAAGCCCUAAAUUGUAAAAAAUUUGCCCUGUAAAUCGGACUGCCGCUUCAUGCUUCAUGUUUACAUGUGUUUGUAUGUGUUUGUCUUGGGGACGUUCCAAAAAUCACUCGGCAACCCGGACCGGCGCAGUAGAUGAAAAAAUAUAGUGAUAAAAUAAACUUAAAAGUAACAAGAGGUUACUGUAGAUAUUGUAAGCAACAAAAACAGCCAUAUUGCAUAUGCCAUUUACUUUUGUUACUUAUUACAGUUGUGAAAAGUAUUUUUAUAAUUAUUAUUAAUAAUUAAACAAUAAUAAUUUAUUGUUUUGCGGCUGGAAAAAUACAUGAACAAAAAAUCAUGUCUACCACAACAAAAUAUCAAAAAUUUUCUAUGAUCACAAUCUUGACCUUCCGGGUUUCCGAAUGAUUUUUGGAACGUCCCCCUUAACCCCGAAGUUAACAUUGGCAAGCUCAACUGUAAAUAAAAAUUAAGAAUUUCUGUUUUGAUGUUAUUUCACUUUUUUUGUUUAAUUCAUCGCAAUAUGUAAAAAAAAUAUUCUGUGGAAAAUCGUAAGUUUUCAAUUUUUAAAAUAAUAAAAUUAUAAAAAAUGUAAAAAAUUAUUUAAAAGAAACGAAUACGCGCUGAACUAUCCCGUAUACACAGCUGCUAAUACGCAUGCGCGUUUAUACAUGGAUGAGGUGCUAGGUGCUUUCUUUUGUAUUUAUUUUUUUUACUUGGGUGCGCAUGAUCAUGCACACGCGCAUGUCAUGCAAACUUGUGGAGAAAACAAUAGCAUCGAAUAAGUAAUUCUCGAAAAAAAAGAAUUAAAGCAUAACGUAUCCAGCUCCUCAUGUC